AACGUUCAUGAUCGUAUAAAUACCACUCCCUUUUAUUUAUUUUUUGGAGAAAAGCUGAUUGUUCUUUAACCCAUUUCACAUAAAUUAAAAUGCUCAGAUCUCUUAUUACUAAUGCUGCCAAGCCCUCCACAUUGCGCAUGAUGAGACCCACCAUGACCCAAGCAACUCGUGGUUAUGUCUUUCCUGCUGGCCAACAAGAGUUCCUUAAUGAAAGACUCGAAAAGAUGGACCCUGAAAUGUUUGAUAUCAUUGAAAAGGAAAAGAAGAGACAACAAGAAAGUGUUGAUCUUAUUCCUUCAGAGAACUUUACAUCAAGAGCUGUAAUGGAUGUUCUUGGUAGUGUGAUGCAAAACAAGUACUCUGAGGGUUAUCCCGGAGCCAGAUACUAUGGUGGUAAUGAAUUUAUUGAUAUGUCGGAAAACCUUUGUCGUAAAAGAGCUUUGGAAGCAUUUGAUCUCGAAACAGAAAAGUGGGGUGUCAAUGUUCAACCCUUGUCCGGUGCUCCUGCCAACUUGUACGUGUAUGGUGCUCUUAUGAAGCCUCAUGACCGUUUGAUGGGCCUUGAUCUUCCUCACGGUGGACAUUUGUCCCACGGUUAUCAAAUUCCCAACAAAAAGAUCUCCAAUGUUUCUGCUUAUUUUGAAACCUUGCCUUAUCGUUUAGAUGAAGCUACUGGUCGUAUUGAUUAUGAUGCUUUAGAAGCCAAUGCAAUGCUCUAUAGACCCAAGAUUAUUGUUGCUGGUGCAUCCGCUUAUGCUCGUAACAUUGACUAUGCUAGAAUGAGACAGAUUUCCGACAAGUGUGGUGCUUAUUUGAUGGCUGAUAUGGCACAUAUUUCUGGUUUGGUAGCUGCCGGCGUGUUACCUGGUCCUUUUGAAUAUGCAGAUAUUGUCACUACUACCACACACAAGUCUCUCCGUGGUCCUCGUGGAGCCAUGAUCUUUUUCAGAAAGGGUCUCCGUAGUGUCGAUAAGAAGGGUAAAGAAAUCCAAUAUGAUUUAGAAAACCCCAUCAAUCAAUCUGUUUUCCCUGGUCAUCAAGGAGGACCUCAUAAUCAUACCAUUGGCGCUUUAGCUGUUGCUUUAAAGCAAGUCAAGUCACCUUUAUACAAGGAAUACCAAUCCCAAGUUUUAAGCAACAACUCUGCUUUCGCUGAUAGAUUCAUCGAGCUUGAUUAUAACCUUGUAUCUGGUGGUACUGAUAACCAUUUGUUAUUAGUUGAUUUAAAAUCAAAGGGUGUUGAUGGUGCUCGUGUUGAACGUGUGCUCGAGUUAAUAAACAUUGCAUCCAACAAGAACACAGUGCCUGGCGAUAAGUCCGCAUUGAUCCCUGGUGGUCUUCGUGUUGGUACACCUGCCAUGACAUCUCGUGGUUUCAAGGAACAAGACUUUGUCAAGAUUGCUGACUUUAUUGAUCGUGCUGUCAAGAUCACACAAGAGGAAAAGGCCAAGGUGGGUGGCAAGAAAUUGAUUGAUUUCAAGAACCACAUUGGUGAUGGUAAGCAAAUCGCUUCCAUCCAAUCUUUAAAACAAGAAGUCUCUGAUUUCGCCUCCACUUUCCCUACCGUUGGUUUCUGGGAAUCAGAAAUGAAGUAUUAAAAAAAACCCCCCUCUCCUUCAUCAUAUUGUAUCAUUAGACAUGAGUGAACUUUUCUUCACUUGAAAUAAAUUUUUUUUAAAAAGCA